AUCUGGCAUUUAUCAUCGAUUCUUCGGGCAGCAUUGGCCGCACAAAACUACAAGAAACAGAAGAACUUUGUCAAGGAAGUGGCGAAGACUUUUGGCCUAUCUCCAAACGGCAGCCGAGCGGCCAUGGUUCUGUACAGUAACUCGGCCUCAGUGAAAGCUCGAUUUGGCCAGUAUACGGACCCGAAGGAGUUCGAUGGAGCUGUAGACAGUCUGCCUUACGAGAGAGGAUUGACACGAAUCGACAAAGCACUGGAGCUAACAGCCAGUGAUAUCUUCGCUCAAAGUAGGUCGGGCGUGCCCAAGAUUGCAAUGCUGAUAACAGACGGUACCCAAACCGCAGCAGCCGACGCCAAAGGCCUAAAAAGAGGCUUCCGAACCAUUGAGACAGGCAGGUGUUCGUGUUCUAGCCGUAGGUGUUGGCAAGGGUGUGGACAGAGAAGAACUUCGACUGGUCACGGAGAGUGA